AUGCGGUUCUUAUUGCCUUUCCUUGCUGCAACCGCAGCAUCUCAGUCUUCUACUGAUUCUAACCACGAUGGCUCCUCGUUUCAGGUUCAGUGUGAAUCAUUCAGGGAAAAGAUUAAACAACCCAAUGCGACUGUCCAUUCAGUUACCUACGUCCCAGCUGGGGUGAACAUCUCCAUGGAAUAUAACCCGGCCAUCUGUGGCGGCGACGAUCCUAUAACCAGCACAUUCGCAUUUUGUCGCAUUGCGCUCAAUGUCACGACUUCUAGCAAGAGUCAGAUCUUUAUGGAAGCCUGGCUGCCUAGUAACUAUUCUGGUAGAUUUCUGAGCACAGGAAAUGGUGGUCUUGGUGGCUGUAUCAAGUAUGAUGACAUGGCCUACGCUGCUGGAUAUGGAUUUGCCACUGUGGUGGAGGAUUUUGCUUACCGCGCCCUCCAUACCGGGGUCGUUGUCGGGAAGGAAUUGACUCAAAGCUUUUAUCCUCAAGGCUAUAAGAAAUCAUACUAUCUUGGAUGCUCCACUGGAGGGCGUCAAGGUUGGAAGUCCGUGCACAGGUUCCCAGAUGACUUUGACGGUGUCGUGGCUGGUGCGCCUGCUUUCGAUUUCGUUAAUCUAACCAGCUGGGGUGCCCGAUUCCUCACCCUUACGGGCAAUUCCAGCGCAGCGACCUUCGUGACUAAGACGCAAUGGAGCACCGUGCACGAGGAGAUACUCAGACAGUGCGACUCCCUCGACGGUGCGGUAGACGGCGUCAUAGAGGACCCGGAUCUUUGUCAGCCUAUCAUUGAGACUUUAAUCUGCAAUGCGACCCAAGCUUCCACAUCUGGUACGUGUCUCACUGGAGCGCAGGUUGAGACAGUGAACGGCGUCUUCAGUCCGACUUACGGUGUCGAUGGCUCCCUCGUCUAUCCACGAAUGCAGCCCGGAUCUGAGCUAGGAGCGUCCAGCAUCUACUACAGUGGGACGCCCUUUUCCUAUGCCGAAGACUGGUAUCGCUAUGUGGUAUACAACAACACCAACUGGGACCUUACAACUUGGACCAUUAAGGACGCCGCCGUUGCUAGCGCCCAGGACCCCUAUCAAAUCUCCACCUGGGACGGCGAUCUCUCUCCCUUCCAGAACAAGGGCGGCAAGGUCCUUCAUUACCACGGUGUAGAGGACCCGGUUAUUUCUUCCGACAACUCCAAACGCUACUACAAGCAUGUAGCUGAUACAAUGAAUCUCAGCCCCUCUGAGCUCGACAAUUUCUACCGUUUCUUUCCGAUCAGCGGCAUGGGUCACUGCGCAAAUUCGAACGGGCCUUCUUCCAUCGGUCAAGGGUCUGGGACAUUUUCAGGAAAUAAGCCCGAGGAUAAUGUCCUCCUGGCCAUGGUUCAGUGGGUUGAAGAGGGUAUCGCCCCUGACUUUGUCCGGGGUGCCAAGCUCAAUGGCUCUACUGCGGAAUAUCGCCGUAAACACUGCAAGUAUCCUAAGCGCAAUAGAUAUGUCGGGCCGGGUCUGUACACGGAUGAGAACGCUUGGGAAUGUGUCUAA